AUGAGCCAACCGGAAAACAAUAGGCCUACUGAGCAAAUUGACUUUUUCGGCCACAAGGUAGUCGGUCCGCUACCGCGGAUUCAGACAUUGCGGCAAGAUUUAGAGCCAAUCUUGAAGCUGGUGACUCUUUACACCAAAGUCCUUGAUCAAAAUGGCAGUGUCGCUAAGCAUUUGCAUAUGCCACUUUUGAGCAGCAGGAUCGAGGACAGGGUCAACAGUCUGUUCAGCAGCUCUUAUCCACACGUCGUGGAUUUAGCUGAUGAUGAUGAUUGUAAUGGAAUUCGUCCCAGCUGGGUUGAUGUUAUCCAAGAAUCAGAAAUGAUCGAUCAAAUCGAUUUGAACGAAGAGGACCCAUAUCGGAUUUCCGUCCGAGGAGUGUUGGUAGAAGUCAGCAAGAGCGACUGGGACAUGCUGUCCUCCAACGUACUUCAAAGGCUGCUCGGAACAAGCCCAGAACCUGAAGAUGUACAGGCAGAGCAAGGGGCCAGAAACGAGCUGAUUGAGGAUUUGAUUGAAUUUGGCGAAGGCAUUUCAGAGAUUGAUGGGAUGAUCCAGACAAUGCUCCAAGCUCUACAAGAGCAAACUCGUACUGCUGAUAGGGAAUCCACUAGAUCAGAGUCCUCAGUGCCCUCAGUCGAGAUCCAGAUGUGUGAUGGUGAUGAAAUCUACAAUCGACAAAGAUAUAGGCGACCAUGUUCGCAAUAUGGAAGCGAGCAUCACACCUACGUCACUGGAGACAUCCACGGAGAACAAUCCCAAAACGUCCUUGAAGUUGGCCUCAGCAUGGAGCCCUUUGGAAAAAAGACAAUUGCGCAAUUUUGUGAGUACCAGAGGCCAUCUGAGCUGGUCUCGAAUAGCGCUGGAGUACGAGGCACAAUUUCACAGAGGACGAAGUGCUUCAUCAAUCGCUAG